ACUGCCGCACACACUGGUUUCCUGCUGGUCACAGUUCAGUCUGCGGCUCCUACUUUGGCUUCAUAAAAACUAAUUUGGCUUCGAUACCAUGCUGGAUUAAGCUCAUUAACUUUGCUAGGGUUUGUUUUCAAAUGGCGUAGGUACAAUGAGCGCAUUCUGCAACAGAUCGACAGAUUAGAGGAGAGAGAUCAGUGUUUUGACCUGUAGGUUGUGACACAGAUAGUGAAGAAGACAAGACACUUGAGGACCAUGGAUUUCGGCAAUGAUGUGGAUUUGUCCAACAAUAACAUCACUCCUUUGUGGAAACGCCGCACAGACUCAAACAAACCCAAACCACGACCCCUCAGUUAUCACAUAAAUGGGGUCAUGACAACAGACUUUCCUGUGGAGGACAACAAGAGCUCCUUUACCUUGAGCCAACCUGCUGAGAGACUGGUGGUCACACCUCAGUGUUCGGAUAAAAACACUGCAGUGUUGAAACAUGUUUUACACAAACCUUCCAGAAAAUUCAGAGUUGUUCGAAGCAUCAGCAUCGGGCACCUCUCCAACGGACGCUUCUCCUUGUCCAGAUUUAGGUGUGAUGACAGCAGAUCAGCCACACUGGACAACAGAGUGUGUAAUGGUGAAUGUGACGGGGUGAAAACCAGUAAUGGAGGGACAGUUUGGCCUGACAAGCAUGUCCAGGAUUCCCAAAAAGUCUUGUCCAGUCCCUUCAGUCUGAGCUUACAGAAAGACAGGAUAGCUUUUGGAUCGACGUCACCUGAAGCUGCUCCUCUUAACAAUUCCUCGCCUGUCCUUUGUCCUCCAGACACCCCAAAUAACAACAGCUAUAACCACAACCACCAUGAAAUAUCCUCCCUUUCAUCUGCAUCCAGCCCAUCUCCUCCUGCCCGCCGUACCCCUACCCCUUCCCACAGCUCAACCUCAAGCAUCCUCUCCCUCUCUUCCCUCACCUCCUCUGACCCCCCAACCCCACGCUCCCCGUCACCAGCAGACAGUAGGCAGACUCUCCACAGACAGUCCUCAUCAUCGUCUGCCUCCUCACAAGAAACCAGGCAUGCCUCUUCCCCCUCCUCCAUGUCCUGCACCUCACCCUCUCCCUCACUUUCCCCAUCUGUCUCCCCCUCUCCUUCCAUCGUCCUCAGCACCCAUAGCCCAGCUGCCCUGAAGAUGGGCACCAAUCAACUCAUUCCCAAGAGCUUGGCAUCAGGUAUUCGCCAGAGCAAAGCACCUCCGCAAGGCCAUGGCUUGGCAGGGUUGCUAGGGCUGGAUACUUCCAAACGAGCAGUGAAAGCUCGAAGCAUGGUGGAGACAGGAAGCUACUUCUGUACAGAAAGGGGGCAUGGUGAGGGGACAGAUGCAGAAGGUGGGAGCCCAGGGACACUAAAGAGAGGACUGAGGAGUACAUCCUAUAGGAGAGCUGUUGUGAGUGGAGUCGGUCUUGAGGCCCAAUCUAUAGAUUCUGAGGGCUUUCGGCCCUCCCAGCCUAUCGCCAAAGGACUAGAAGGGGAUCAUCUGGUUUCCCCAGCUAGCCCAGGCAGUGAUGGGUCUUCCAAGCCUGCCAGCCCUGCUACACCCAAACUCUCCAUCCUUGGAACACCCAAACUCUCUAGCCCUGGGUCACCCAAACUCUCAAUCCUUGGAACACCCAAACUCUCCAGCCCUGGGUCACCCAAACUCUCUAUCCUUGGAACACCCAAACUCUCCAGCCCUGGGUCACCCAAACUCUCCAUCCCUGGAACACCCAAACUCUCCUGCCCAGGGUCACCCAAACUCUCUAUCCCGGGAACACCCACACUCUCCAGUCCUAGGACAGAAAAACCAGCAAGCCCUAAGACAGAAAAACCUACCAGCACUGGGAAAAAUAAGAGUCCAGAUAAGAAGAAAAUGUUGACCACCCAGAGGACUUUUGACAGUGAAGAGGAGGAGCUGUAUCAGUACUACCAGGAGAAGGCCUUACAUAAUGACUCAGAUGAAGAUGCAGAUUCCAGAGAACCCAAACCUGAUAACGGCAUUGUGGUGCAGUACAGGCCCAUACGAACCUCCUGGGGCCAGCUCAGUGUGGUAAAGAAAAAUGGCCUCGCCGAACGGAUGAGUCAGGAGGAACGUAAAAGACAGGAGGCCAUCUUCGAGGUGAUCUCUUCAGAGCACUCCUACCUCCACAGUCUGGAGAUCCUGAUCCGCAUGUUCAAGAACUCUGCAGAGCUCAGCGAGGCCAUGACCAAGACUGAACACCACCACCUUUUCUCAAACAUUACUGAUGUCUGUGAGGCUAGCAAAAAGUUUUUCAAGGAGCUGGAGGAAAAACACCAACAGAACAUUGUGAUCGAUGACAUCAGUGACAUCUUUUCCAAGCAUGCACAGUCCAACUUUGAUCCUUACAUCACAUACUGCUCCAAUGAGGUCUACCAGCAGAGAACCCUGCAGAGGCUGGUGUCUAAGAAUCCAGCUUUUAAGGAGGUGCUGACCAGGAUAGAGGGCCACCCAGACUGCAGGAACCUCCCCAUGAUCUCCUUCCUCAUCCUGCCCAUGCAGAGGAUCACCCGCCUCCCCCUGCUCAUGGAUACAAUUUGUCAGAAGACACCAAAAGACUCUGCACAAUAUGAAGAAUGUAAGAAAGCUUUACAAGCAGUCAGCAAGGUGGUAAGAAAGUGUAAUGAAGGAGCUCGCACAAUGGAGAGAACAGAGAUGAUGUAUACCAUCAACUCUCAGCUGGACUUCAAGAUCAAGCCAUUCCCCCUGGUCUCAUCAUCCAGGUGGAUGGUGAAAAGAGGGGAGCUGACGGCCUUAGUGGAGGACAAUGGUAUCUUCCUUAAGAGGACAGCACGACAACAGGUUUAUUUCUUCCUCUUCAACGACGUACUCAUUGUCACAAGAAAGAAGAGUGAAGAGAGUUACUCUGUGAUAGACUACGCUCUCAGGGACCAAAUCUGGGUGGGUUCCUCCCAGCCUGAGGAUCUCAACCUGUCACCAGUCAGAAGUACUGCCAGCAUGCUGAGCUCUCGGCAGGCCGGCGCCAACCAUCUCUUCCGGCUGCGUUUCCGUAGCAACCACUCUGGCGAAAAGGUGCCUAUGAUCCUGGGGACAGAGUUGCUGAAUGAGCGUGCUCGAUGGAUCAGUGCUCUGGGCCAAAAUGACAACAAUAAGAGGAGUCAGGACAGAACCAAUACCAUGCAGGUGGAAGUGAUCAGAACUUACACAGCCAAGCAGCCAGAUGAGUUGUCCCUGCAGAUGGCUGAUGUGGUGUUAGUCUCACAGACUGUAGAUGAUGGCUGGUAUGAAGGAGAGCGACUGCGUGACGGAGAGAGGGGAUGGUUCCUCGCGGAGUGUGCUGAACCAAUCACAUGCCAGGCCACCAUUGAGCGCAACAUGCAGAGGAUGGACCGCCUGCAGGGGCUGGAGACUAAUGUGUGAGCCGGAUGAGCUGGGCUACUUAAACCACGGAGGGUUUUUCUCAGCUGUUAGUGACUCCUUGACACACCAGUGACCUGCCUUUUUGAAGCAUUGAGCCCAGACAAAUGAGUUCAGUAACAGCAUUAGUGACCUGCCUUCAGGGACUGAGUUGGCCAGUAUGGGAGCUGCAUUGGUGCUGGACUUGCUCUUUUCAGCGGGAUACAGAUGGAGCCAUAAUUCAGACUUCUGCUUGAUGUCCACUAAAUAGCAGGCAUGCUGUUUGAAAGCAACCACUGUGGUUAGAACAAUCACAGUGAGAGGAACAGAAAGUUUUCCUUAAUCACUAAUUGGCCCCUGUGUGGGAGGGAUGCCUCGACAGUGAGAUCUGUCACAUUAAUUCCCCAGUUGGAUAGAAAAACUUCACACGCACUGCCAAAGUCACCGCUUGCAACACCCGGCUACAUAAUGACUGAUGAUGUGAAAUUUGUAAAUGUUGUAAUUUUCAAACAUUUUUUGCUGUGUAAGUGAUGUGCAAUGUCAUAAGCGAAGCUACAGGAGGUAAUGACAGCAGCCAGCUCUGUUAAUGAGGCACAGGUUAUAUAAUUAGGAGCUUUGUCAGUGCAACUAAUGUAAGUGUAAGCAUGUUGAUUGUAAAAGCAAUAUAAGGCAACAUGGUGGGAUUGGCAGCUUCUUUACAGUGUGUAGGUUACAGUAGAAACUUGUUGGCAAGUGAAACUAUUACUAUGAUAUUUGCAGGAAAAUAAAAUAUGGUGUUUGUUUAGCUGCAAAAGAAAAACAGGGCCAUUGUUCUGAAGCCUGAGGCACUUUGUGUAAAUAGAAUAAGUCAUAAUUAAUUGGAUAAUAUUUACAGUCAUCUGGGAGUUAUAACUUCAAAUGUCAUCCCUAGGUUAAGCAGAGGGGCCAAGUAUCUGUUUUCUCCCCCGCUGUUUGUCACCAGUUAAUGUCACUGUCAUGAAUCAGACUCUACAUUUGUGUCACAGAUGCCAUUAUUCUCUCCAUCCACUCAAUGAUUUGGACAGCCUGAAAUAUCACACACCCUUGAUGCCAGCCAGAGUCGUAUAUAUAUAUAUAUAUACCCCCCCUUGGGAUUUAUGUAUGUGAUGUUACAGAGGCUGAAAUUAAUUUGUGUGUGCUGAUGGUGAGACCAGGAGAGACAAGCGGCCCUGCUUUUAAUGUGAUUGUCCAGUAUGAGUCAUCUUUUUAGUGUUUCCCAGCUAAAGGAAAUGAAUGGCUUGGUCAGUGUGGUGAUAACACCAUCUAUCAAGCCCACUGCUCUGGCUCUGGCCCAAAUGACAACCACGUAUGGUUGAGCUACACAGAGCGAGGUAUGACGACAGCGAGCAGAUCACCCUGCAGGAUGGACAUGUCUGUUCAGACUCUCAAUAAACGAGGCUUUGCAUUUGCACUCAGGGAAAAUGAGCUAUGUGAUACCACAUAUAUAAGCAUGAAGUGAUCUUUAUUUCAAUCGUUUCCUCUUGUAACUAUUGUAAAUCACCUGUGUACAUGUAAAUAUGUAAAACAGUCACAAAGCACACAGAAUUGUGACAUGUAUGUUUUCCUUAAUACAGAUUUAUAUUCAGAAACUUGCUUAUUCAACCAUAUAUAUUUUAAUCAGACACUUUUAAUAAAAGCUUAACUGCU